UGCAAAAUGACAUAUAGCAAAUGUCGGAGCAUAAUUCAUUCACAUUUUCGGCUCAAAUUCGGAUUUAAAUCGCACCGCUGGAGCUCCAAUGUAACGAUGGCUCGUUAGGGCUGGCGGCGCAACUGCGAUUUUUUUGAUAUUUUAAUUUAUGAGAAAUCACAUUCACAGACAAAUAUUGGUUUCAACAUGGGGCUGUGCUACAGUUUGCGUCCCCGGCUCUUCGGGGACCUGAGCGGCUCUAUCUCCAACGCUACCUCGGACUCGGACCAGCCUCCGGACGCCGCCGUGCCGACCCGCGCCGGGGGAGCUCGCCAGGAGGACACCGGGGGAUGCGGGGAGACUUCGUCGCUACGCGGCGGCGGCGGCCCGGUGCGCCCCGGGGACCCUGCCAGGCUCCCGGCCGGGGAGCACCGCCGUGGAGACACCGGGACAGACGGUGUGCUCAUACAGAACGGAGGUGGUGGCGGAGGAGGAGGUAGUGGUAAGGGGACAGGGAAGGACCGUGGCCGCCGCUUACAGCUGCUUCAAAAGACCAGCACCCAAAAGCAGAAAAACUGGGACAAAUUGCUGGUGGAGGAGAAGGAGGCCGAGAAGGAGGCGAAGAAAGUCAGUAAGAAUAUUGACAGGGCGCUGAAGGAGCUCAAACGGGAGUACAAACAGACACAUCGGCUGCUGCUGCUCGGUGCGGGAGAGUCCGGAAAAAGCACCAUUGUGAAGCAGAUGAGGAUUCUACACGUCAACGGCUUCAACGCAGAAGAAAAGAAACAGAAAAUCCAAGAUAUUCGGAAAAACGUGAAGGAUGCCAUAGUGACUAUAGUGUCUGCGAUGAGCACUUUAAUACCCCCAGUCCCGUUAGCCAACCCAGAGGACCAAUUCAGAAUCGAAUACAUCAAAAGCAUAGCACCUCUCUCGGACUUUGACUAUCCACAGGAGUUCUUUGAUCAUGCAAAGAAGCUGUGGGAUGACGAAGGAGUGAAGGCGUGCUUUGAGAGGUCCAAUGAGUACCAGCUCAUCGACUGUGCACAAUAUUUCCUUGACAGAAUUGACUCUGUAAGACAGAACGACUACACACCAACGGACCAGGACCUGCUACGCUGCCGAGUGUUAACUUCAGGGAUUUUUGAGACGAGGUUCCAAGUAGACAAAGUGAACUUUCACAUGUUUGAUGUUGGAGGCCAGAGAGAUGAAAGGAGAAAAUGGAUCCAAUGCUUUAACGACGUCACUGCUAUCAUCUUCGUGGUGGCCAGCAGCAGCUACAACAUGGUAAUAAGGGAAGACAACAACACCAACCGGCUACGGGAAGCCCUGGACCUCUUCCGCAGUAUUUGGAACAACAGAUGGUUACGCACUAUAUCGGUCAUAUUAUUCCUGAACAAGCAGGACAUGCUGGCUGAGAAAGUAUUAGCUGGAAAAUCCAAAAUUGAAGACUACUUCCCUGAAUAUGCUCGCUACACCAUACCAAAUGAAGCAACUCCUGAACCUGGUGAGGACCCAAGAGUGACAAGAGCUAAGUUCUUCAUCCGAGACGAGUUUCUUCGGAUCAGCACUGCGAGCGGCGACGGCAGACACUACUGCUACCCCCACUUCACCUGCGCCGUGGACACAGAGAACAUCCGGCGGGUGUUCAAUGACUGCCGGGACAUCAUCCAGAGAAUGCACCUGCGGCAGUACGAACUCUUGUGAUGGGAGACGGCCUCCGUCAGCCUUCUGUGUUCUUUCUCCACCAUUCUGCAUCCUUGACGAACCCUUCCUCCUUCCUCCUCCUCCUCCUCUCCCCAAAGAGACCCUCAACCACCCCUGACCACCCCUCCUGUCGAGGACUAUGAAGUACUACUGAAGUGUGUCAAAUCCUCUUCCUCUUCUUAACUUCUUAGCUUUUUGUACUUCUCUUUUUUUUCUCUGAGACAGUUUCAUCCCCAUUUCACCCACGUGAAAGCAAGUUUUGGGGGACAAAGUUGUUGCGUGCCGCUAUUUUUUUUUUUCUUUUAAUCCUUUUGAAUGCCUUGAUUUUGUCAUUCCACUAAGCCUUGGGCUACCUCCUUUUCCCUCCUCUUUGUUUUCUUCUGAUUUUUGGUUUUUUUUGUCAUUGGACCUGGACUGGCAGGUGUGGAAACAUAAAAACACCUACAGGACCUCAGUGUAGAGGCAGCGUGAGUGUGAUAAUGAGUGACGAGAAGGAGGAAUGCCAUGUGAGCGAACGCAUGUGUGCGUGUGUUAAAGUUCAUGUUGCCUGCUGGUUAAAGCUGGCAUCACCACCAUGACCUAUCUACUUUUUUUUUUUCUUCUUCUUUUUUUUUUUUUGCCUCCUUCAACCCGCUUCUCAUCUCUGCGUGGACGCCGACUGGACGGCGCCAAAGCCGGAGAAAUGUACAGGAGCGUACAGAGGAGAGCCGUGUGGAUGAAGAGAUAAAUGCACUUUGCAUCAGGUUCCUUAAUAACUUUUUUCAGUUUUUGUUGUUGUUUUUUUUUUUUUCUCCAGAGGAAGCAUACACACAAUGUAGCAUCACAAUAUUUAUUACCCUGUCACGAUGUUAGCUUGCCGAGCUGCAGGGUGCGCCGAGCAGCCGAGAAGGCGUGUGGAGCAAAAGAUUUCACAAAAAGUGGGAGACACGGGGCAGGAAAUACACAAAGAAGGAUUUGAAAUGAAGGAAAAAGGGACUGAGCUCUCUGCACCUUAGCCCUGCUGCCUCCACAGACUCGGACCUGCCUCCUUUUUUUUUUUUUUUGUUUUUUUGUUUUUUCUUCCCCACACACAAACCAUCCUUUUAGCGUAGAGAUACUGAUGGGAGGGGAGGGAGGGGGUUGGGAGAGAGAAAUGUAUUGUUCCUUUUUUUUUGUUUUGUUUUUUGUUAACUUGUACACUGUGCAAGAUUGAAUUAUCCUGUACAGACUGUAAAAUGUAAUAUUAUUUUGUACAACUUAAUUGAAAGAAAAACAAAUCUACUUGUAGAUCUUUGUGCCUUGAUUAUGGCUGUACCUGUAAAUGAGCUCAGAUGUAAGUAUGUUUUCGACUGCGCUGUACAGCUUGAUGUCAAUCUCUAUCAGCAGCGGAAGACUGCGGGUAGAGGACUUUCUCUGUAGAGUUUAGUUUUUUCUGGUUUAUAAAAAAAGAGGAAAUGCUGUUUAGUAAAAAAUAAAAAAAUAGGGAAAAAAUCCUAAAAACCUGUAUACAUUAUGCAAAUUAACCACUUACCUGCAGUGAAGACCAGAUGUUGCAGCGCCAUGCCUUUUUGUAUUUUGUUGGUUUUAUUUUUUCCUCCUUUUAAUCUUUUUUUUCCCUUUUUUUUGACUUUCACAGCUUUAAACAAACAUUGGAAAUCCAUUGAAAGUGUCCAAAUUGCAACCUGGUGUUGUUUUAAUAGGAACCAACAUUUUUUUUUUCGAUAUGAAGUGUGUCUGAGAUCUGUACUGAUGUGCGUGCCUGUGCGCAUGUGUACAUAAAACAAACAUAGACUCACAGACGCAUUGUGUGUAUGUGCGUGUGCGAGAGAGCGAGCGUGCGUUGUGUGUAAAAUUUUAUAAAUGUAUGUACAUGUAAAUUUAUAGGUCUAUAUAAAUAUAUAUGUACAAUUAUACAUGUUUAAUUAUGUGUGUGCCUAGGUGUACAUACCUAUGUAUGUAUACGGUAAAUAUGUAUACAUACACACAUAGGAAAGCAUGUUUAGAAUGGAGAUGAAUAAAUGAGAGCGUGCAAUAUUAGUAAUUCUUUGGUCCUUUGGAGCCACACUGAUGGCACAGGCACUAUGAAUGUGUGAGCAGCACCCAACAAGACAAGCUCUUCUCCUUGUACAAACAGCAUCAGCCUUUUCUUCUGCUACAGUACACGUCUAUCCCCGACAGAGAGUGAACUGACUGGAGGUGCAAAAACCUUGUUUGGCCUGGGAGGAUGAUUAAAUGACAUUUUUAUUUUCUUUAAAUAAAGAGGCACAUUAGA